AUGCAUGGACCGCCCGAUGUCUUUCCACAUAUCAGGAAAGAAUUCCUGACCUCAAGGCACAACGAACUUAAAGCUCGAACAAAGGAGAAACAGUGGACAGUGACACUCUCUGACAUAGCCGACUGGCCAAGAAUCGAAGCCGUUGCAGAGUUUAGACUGCGUACUGGACACGAUUGCCUGGCAAAACACCUUCACAGAUUGGGAGUAUACACUCAACCCACAUGUCCCCUUUGUAACCGACAGGAGGAAAUGGAGAAGGCCCACCUGAUUCGGUGUCUAGCCCUAAAGACAAUGUCGGAAAGCCAAAGAUACUGGGAAGCAAGAAGACAGCUAAUAGGAAAGCCAAAGAUACUGGGAAGCAAGAAGACUGCUAAUGUCUGCUAUUAA